AACAGUUUUUUGAAAAAAAAAAAUUUAAGCAUAAGAAAAGACGAAAAUCCCGGAGAAUAUUUAUAAAUAGAUUAGAAACAGAUACUCGAUGGACGUGAUUUUUGAAGUUUGUAGUUGACUCUGGAUAACCAUGUUGUUCUUUGUUGUCUUUUAUUUUCUGUUAUGUUAUUCCAUCUACAGUUAUUGUCCCUUGUUGUUUUCGUUACAAAAUGUUUUUUUUGAGAGAUUUCAGGUUCUUGGCUUGGUUGUUUACGUUUCCAGCUGACUUUUUUUUAUCUUCCUAUAAUUCCCAAACAUUCAAAGCUUUAAGAUUUCUUUUCUAAAAGAACAAAAAAAGUUGGUCGGGUUCUUCAAUCUAGGUGCUAUUUGACGGAUAUUGGUUGAAUGAUCAAAAUUUUGGGAUUCUAGAAGAGAAUAGUCAAAAGGGAAAGUUGGCGUUGAAAAGAGAGACUUGUCACUGAGAGGCCUGGUGUUUGGGGGCUGUUGAUUCUGGGGUUUCAUCUCCAGGAUUCGACAGCACCCUUGUGAUUUUAUUCGAAGGGAAUUGUCCAUAGAGUUUGGUUUUAAAUGGAGCACUUCAGGCAGAUUGGUGAGGUUUUGGGAAGUUUGGGUGCUCUCAUGGUUUUACAAGAUGAUUCUCAAAUCAAUCGACGCCAGUGCUGUUUAUUGUUUGAUAUCUUCGGUUCGGCUUUCAAUACAAUAGCCGAGGAGAUAAAGCUGAACCUCCAACUAGACGAGAAGAACACCAAAUGGAACGCCCUCGAACAACCAUUCAAAGAGCUUCAAAGGAUCUUCAAAGAGGGUGAAGUUUAUGUCCGACAAAGUAUGGACAAGAGAGACUGGUGGGUUAAAGCAAUCAACCUCCACCAGAAUAAGGAUUGCGUCCAUAACCACAUCCACAAUUUGCUUUCCCACUUCCCCGUUGUCAUCGAGGCCAUCGAGACGGCAGGAGAGACAGCAGGGCGCGACCGAGGCGAGAUGCAAAGGCGGGGAAUUGCUCUCAAAAUGAAGUACGAUAAGGAAUGGAAUGACCCCAAACUUUUCCAGUUCCGAUUUGGGAAGCAAUACUUGAUCCCUCAAGACAUUUGUAGUCGUUUCGAGCGUGCUUGGAGAGAAGAUAGAUGGAAUCUUGUGGAAACUCUAAGGGAGAAGAGCAGUUCGGAAUCCACAACCAAAACUCAGCAGCGUCUGGCUGACUUGUUGAUCAAGAAAAUCAUUGGAUCAGAGGGUUGUAUUGGCAAACUCUUCCCAAGUUCAAUCUUGAAUGGAGGGGAUUACGUAGUGAGGCGACGAGUUGGGGGACAGUACAAGGAAAUCCAGUGGCUGGGUGAUAGCUUUGCAUUGAGAAACUUCUUCGGGGAUGUUGAAACAUCAGCCUCUGAAAUCUCCACCCUUCUUUCACUUUCACAUCCCAAUAUAUUGCAAUACCUUUGCGGGUUCUACGAUGAGGAAAAAAAAGAAGUAUUGCUGGUUCAAGAGCUGGUGAACAAGGGUCUUACUUAUUACAUGAGUGGCUCCAAACGGAGGGUCUCGUUUUGUCUUCCUGUCGUGGUUGAUCUCAUGUUUCAGAUUGCAAGAGGAAUGGAAUAUCUUCACUCACAGAAGAUAUACCAUGGAGAUUUAAACCCUUCUAAUAUCUUUCUCAAAGCUAGAAACAGUACUGACGAUUAUUUCCAGUUGAAAAUCUCGGGUUAUGGUUUAUCCACUGUCAAAACUACGACCGGUUCUUCUCUGAAACCGAAUGAGACCAAGCCUUGCAUUUGGUAUGCUCCGGAAGUUUUGCAAGAGCCAGAGCAUUGCCUGCCAGGGAAUGGCACCAGCUUUAAGUACACUGAGAAAGCAGAUGUUUACAGUUUUGGGAUGCUUUGCUUUGAGCUCUUGACUGGGAAAGUGCCAUUCGAAGAUGGACAUCUUCAAGGGGAUAAGGUGAGUCGAAAUAUUAGAGCAGGGGAGAGGCCUUUGUUUCCCUACACUGCGCCUAAAUACCUUGCCAACUUAACCAAAAGAUGCUGGCACUCUGAUCCGAAUCAACGUCCAAGCUUCUCAUCGAUUUGUCGGAUUUUACGAUAUGUAAAGAAGUUUAUCGUGAUGAACCCUGACCAUGAUGAGCCCGGUGCUCGAUCACCGGUCUCAGAUUAUUGUGAGAUAGAGUCAUGGUUCUUGAAAAAGUUUGCUGCCAAUGGGAGUUUCAAUUCAUUAUCAGUGGCACAAAUACCGUUUCAAAUGUUUGCUUAUAGGCUUGCAGAGAAAGACAAAACUAUUUUGAACAGCAUGGAUAAGAAUGGAGAGGGAGCAGCCUCAACUUCCAGAGAAGACAUGAAUUCAGCAGUUGAUGAUCCAUUGAUAGCAGCUAGUGAUGCAAAAUCUGCGGACUCUGAUGGAAAAUCGGUGUAUUCUGAGAUUCAAGAACAGAGAUCAAUCCAUUUGGAUUCAACGCCACAAAGGAGAUCAGUUUGCACCCGGAUUCCAGAGAAGAAAAUUUUACAGAUGAAGAGAAACAGUAAUGUGAAGGCGGCCAGAAAGAGUACAGGUCAUAAAUAUGGGAUAACUAAUGGAAAACCUACACAACCGCCAUUACCUCGUGUUCAGAGUGUAAAGAAUGUGAGAGUAAGUCGGUUAAAAUCAAUGACGAGGUCGUUGAGCACUGAUCGGCUAAGAUUAGCAGCUGGGUUGCAGGUAUUCUAUCAAACAUUUUGGCCAAAAGAGACUGCGUCUUCUUUUCUAUUUUUUUUUUUCAUUUUUUCAUCAUAAACUUGUAGUUACAAUAAUAGCAACACUUUAGUUUUAUCGUUGGAUUGAUGCAUUUCGUCAUCAAUACCCAUUUUUCUUCUUGUUUUAUGAAGGUUUUUUUUCCUCCUAAA